GAAAACCAACUAAAGCUGUGAAAUAAAUGUAGUGAAGUAGAAAGUACAAUAUUUUUUUCUGAAAUGGAGUGGAGUGGAAGUAUAAAUAAGUACCUUAAAAUUGUACUCAAGUGCAGUACUUAGGCUUGUUACUUUCCACCACCCCAGUGGGCUUUAAUUUAAGCUUUCUUUUUUUCCAGCCUCACCAGUGUGGUGAUAGGUGCACACAUGAGGAGGAGGGGAGGAGGGAUGAGGAGAAGUGUCUGGAGGGCUGCAUCAUUACAAACUCCUGCCUGCACUUCUCACAGUGACUCCCCCUCCUGAAGCAGCAGAGGCGUGCAGUCUUUCUCCGCAGCCUGGGGACCCAGUCCGGCCAGAGAGAGGUUUCUCCACAGAAGAAGAGAAGAGGGUCAAAACACAUUGCAUGGAGUGCAGACCGCAAUGGGGACGAGCUGAACCGCAGUGAGAAGAGGACGGUCGCUUCUUUUGCCUGCAUGUGAACGAUAUGCGUGAGAAACACACGACACUUUAGCUUGCAGCGCUCCCCGGCAGUGAUUUAACAUUAAAGAAAAAAAAAAGAAAACGUCGGAAGUACCUGAAUACCUGCAGUGUUUCGCAGUAACGUUAGCCUCGGCUCCGUGCAAACAGCAGUGACAUUUAUAAAGACACAGAGGGAGUAGAGAGACUACAAGACGGGACAGGAGAAAGUUUCUGCAGCUUGGCGCAGACACAGCGGUUCAACAAUGCGGCUGACCCCGACAAAGUCCCUUUCAUCGGCAGCCCUGCUAAUCCUGCUGGCUGUCCGCUGGUCCGACAGCAUUUCAUUGUCUCCCCAAGAGGCAAACCAGUUUCUGAGAAGACACAGGAGAGCUAAUCAAGUUUUCGAGGAGACGAAGCAAGGACACUUGGAGAGGGAGUGUGUGGAGGAGAGGUGCACCAAAGAGGAGGCCAGAGAAGUGUUUGAAAACGACCCGGAGACUGACUACUUCUUUCCCAAGUAUUUAAGCUGUUUGGAUAAGUUUGGAGAUUCUGAAAAGAAGAAACAGGAUCUGAUCACAUGUGUCCACAAUAUUCCAGACCAGUGCUCUCCUUCCCCGUGUAAUGCCAAAGGUGCCGUGCGCUGCGAGGACAAAAAGGGCGACUUCCUCUGUCACUGUUUUACAGGUUGGACGGGACCCAGAUGUGACAAAGAUGUGGACGAGUGCAGCAAGAGGAACGGAGGGUGUGACCAUCAGUGCAACAACACUAUGGGCAGUUACCGCUGCUCCUGUCACCAAGGCUACAUGUUGGUAGGACGCCACAUUUGUAAUGAUAUCAAUGAGUGUGAAGAUCCAGGUGUGUGUGGAACAGCACGGUGUGAGAAUAAGGAGGGUGGCUAUGACUGUCUGUGUGAAACCGGCUAUCUUUACGACAAUGAAACCAAGAGCUGCGUUGAUGUGGAUGAGUGUGAGGCGAGAGUGUGUGCAGAGGAGUGUCUGAACACUCCGGGGAGUUUCCGUUGUUACUGCGAUGGUCGUCAGGGCAUGAAGCUGGGCCAGGACCUCCGGAGCUGUAAGCCUAUAACUCCCUGCAUAUCACCGUCUCUGAAGAGGAACUCACGCUCUCUUUACCUGGGCCGCAUGUUCAGCGGUGUGCCAGUGGUGAGGCUGCGCUUCCGCAGGAGGAUUCAGACUGGCUUUUCAGCAGAGUUUGACUUCCGCACAUACGAUCCUGAGGGGGUCAUCUUCUUUGCCGGAGGUCACUUGAACAGCUCCUGGAUUGUGCUUGCAAUGCAUCAUGGGAAGUUGGAGUUGCAGCUGAAGUACGGCACAGUCAGCAGAAUCACCAGCAGCGGACCUAUCGUCAAUGAUGGCCAGUGGAGAAAGAUUUCGGUUGAGGAGCAGGGCCGGAGUCUCGUGAUAAAGAUCGACAGAGAGGCCGUCAUGAAGAUCGCAGUUAACGGAGAUCUGUUCACACUAAAGAAGGGUAUGCAUGAGCUCAACCUCACCGUGGGAGGAGUCCCUUUCAAAGAGGACGGCCUCGUCAAUCAGGUGAACCCCCGUCUGGACGGCUGUAUGAAGGAGUGGCGCUGGUUGACGGGCGAAGAUACGUCGAUACAAGAAACCAUUCGAUCCAACGACAACAUGCAGUGUUUCAGCAGUGAAGAUCCAGGAGCGUAUUACCCCGGCACCGGCUUCGCCCUCUUCAACAUCAGCUUUGACUCACAGAACCUGAGUGUCCAGUUGACCCUGCGUCCAAUUUCUGCCAUCGGUGUGCUGUUUGCACUUGUUCACCAAGACAGUGUCCCUCUCUCCAUCGCUCUGGCCAACUAUCAUCCCGGUACUGAUGAGUGGCGAGACUUUGUUCUAGUGUCAGUAGGUGAUGUCAUCAUUGCCAGCUCUCCGGCACCGCUGUGUGAUGGUGAAAGUCAUGUGAUCAAAAUGACGAUCUCAGGAAACCAGACCCAGCUGCUUGUCGAUGGCCAGUCUGGACGUAGUGAAGAUGCAGAAGUUUCUAUUGACCUGCUGACUCAGUCCAGCACUUUCAUAGGAGGGCUACCUGAUGUUCCUCUCGUGUCCACACUGGUGUCGGCGCACUACAGCGGCUGCAUGGAGGUCAGUGUUAACGGACGGUCUCUGGACCUGGACCAGGCCAUCCACAAACACAACGACAUCCGCUCACACUCCUGCCCCCUGCUGGACUCUCACCAGUGACCAGCGCAACAGUCUGCCAAAACAGAUCUAUUAGCAGUUGAUUGAGGCAAUGGGGAUGGUUUCCAACAUAUUUAUAAAAACAAAGCUGCAGUGGGGAGAUGUAUUAGAUUGCAAUGAGGGAAUAAAAAAUAAAAAACCUAGACCAGGUAUUGUGAUCAAGCUGGAGCAUUAGCCCAGGAUCACCCUGUCCUUUUACUGUGAUUACACUGCUGCCUAGAGGCAUUUGCAGGGACUUUCACUGUAUUUUCAGUAUUGUGAUUCAGUAAAAUAUUUAGUUAGGCAAUGAGCAACAUCCCCUGUACCAGGCAGAUAGAAGAUAUGGGAAUAAAUGCUGCACAACAUUGCCUCAAAAACUGCCCAUGUAUAUCACAGCCUUGUAAGCUCACAAGAACAAACAGGGCCUUAUCCAGAUCAAAGUCAAAUGGUUGGUCUUGGGUCAGCCUACUACGCCUGGCAUCCUGUGCUUAAAUGCAGAUCUGACUUGAACUUGGUAGGCAGAGUGACUCUUGCUGCAUAAACUCAGCUGAUAGAGCUGCAGUCAUGUUGCUUACAUCCAGUUCACCAAAGGCCCACAUUCACAAAGCUUUUAAUAGUCAAGUGAUAAUGUGUAAUCUGAUUCAGAUGACAUCUAAAAUGAAAGAAAGGGGACAAGUUGUCCUACAUUAGCUACCCCACUCAGAGAAAAUGUAUUAACAGGUGCUCAGAUAUUUUUGUUAGGUGCACAAUAGCUUAGGGGUCGAUUGGGGCGACCCCUAACAAGCUGAACCCUGCCCUUCACAGAAGCACAGAGUUGUGGUCGUGAGGGUAGGAUUCAGUAUUAGGCACAACUUUGUGUUCAGUAGGAAACCUUGCACAUUGUUGCAGGUAGAAAUGGACUGCGACGUGUAGCCAUUUUCUUGAUUUCCUCUCUACUAAAGCAGCACUCCAUGUCUGCCUGCAACCUUAAAAAUCAACCAUGUGCCUACCAAGAACAACCAACCCAAACUUCCAAACAGCUUCCCCCCAAACAGGUGAAUCAUUUCACAAAGUUGCAGUACUGUAUCACAGAAAUAAAGCCAACUCUUCUCUUAAUGAUAUCAUUGCAGUUAAUAUCUAUAACUAUGCAUUUCCACCUGUGCAUUUAGGAGAAUUGCAGUCUUUGAACGAGCUGACUGACACCCUGAGUCCCAUUAAACUUCAAUCACUAACUCCUGUCACAAAGGCCCCGUCUUUGCCUCAGAAUCACCCACUUACAGUUAAUACCUGCCGUAUACCAAUCUGAGGAUAAUAGAUAAGUCACAGAAACACAGGGGGACAGGAAGGGGCCCUGUCCAUCGAGGAGAGAAACAGCACUGCAUCGAUCGCACCAUACAAGCUACUGAGAGUAAAAAGAGUGCGCUGUAAUAUACUGAAUAUGUAAAUAAUGUGAUUGUACAAUGCUUUAUAGACGACAUAAAACAAACACUACCUUACGCUCACCAAGGUUAUCCGCACAUUUAAGUUGAUCCAAAGUCAAACAGUUAAUUUGAGUCUUUUGACUCCGCCUGCUUCUUAAAAAAAAAAAGUCUCAAGGGGAUUGAGAGCAAAAGCCAGCGAUCAAAAUAAACCUUUAGGGACUCACUUUUUAAUUUUGACUUAAUAGGUGCUGAGCAAAUAAAAAAACAAUAAAAACAAAGAAUGUCGGAGGAGCAUUGUGAUUGAGAAUGCCAAAAAGUGCUCCAGUGUUAUUUUACUUCCCUCCGUAUUUGAUCAUUUUUUAGUUUUCUGAUGAAUGAAUGCAAGAAUAUAGAGCUUGACGUGUUAUUGUUUUUUUUAUCAUAUGUGUUGUAUAUUGAACUUCUUUUAGUUUUUAUUUUUCACUUUAACUGCCAGUAUGUGUACAAUGCUGAGAGACAUCUGCCUUUUGAGUUUUAACUUCCUUCAACAGUGAAAAUCCUAUUUAAAAACAAAAUAAAAGCAGUUGUAUGAACAAAAUAGAGUAAAAUUGUAUUUUC